AUGGCAGACAAGAAGAAGGUGGAGGUCAAAGAGACCAAGGUGGAGGUCAAGACGGCCACUUACAAGGUGUUCGUCCACUGCGGGCAGUGUGCGCGCGACAUCCAGACGGAGUUCACCGAGUUCCAAGGGGUUGAAGAGGUGAAGGUGGACGCCGGGGCAGGGAAGGUGACAGUGAAGGGCUUCGCGUUCGACGUCGAGAAGCUCAGGAAGAAAGUUGAGAAGGGCUGCCGGAAGAAGGUCGAGCUGAUUCCACCCGCGCCUCCCAAGGACGACAUGGUCGUUGAGGUCAAGACCAAAAAGGAGGAGCUGAAGGUCAUAACUGUAAAGCUUCCGUUGCAUUGCCCCGAUUGUGCAGUCAGGGUCAAGGAGAUGUUGCUUGAGAAUAAGAGUAUCUACGAGGCCAAGACGGACUUCGGCAAGAACACGUGCACCGUCGAGGGUGUCCUUGAGGAGGACAAGCUCGUCAAGUACAUCUUCGAGAGGACGCGCAAGAAGGGCAUCGUCGACAAGGUCGAGAAGAAGGUGAUCAUCAAGGAGGAGAAGGUCUUAGUGAAGAAGGCGGACAAGGAAAAGGAGAAGAAGGAGAAGGAGGAGAAAGAGAAGAAGGAAAAAGCGAAGGAGGCCGCCGCGAAGGUCGUCAAGGAGAUCAUCGCCCCCUACUUCAUCCCCUGCACGCACCCGCACUUCGUCGACUACUCGCACCCGGGCCACCGCUACGGCUGUGGCAGCGGCUACUGCUCGCCGUACGGCGGCGGUGACGGCUACGGGUGCGGCGGCGGGUACCCACCGUACGGCGGUGUCAGCUACACACACACUGAGCUCAAAGGCUACCAGGAGACGGCGUUCUUGCACUGCACACACCCCAGUGAAUUCAUCAGCGAGGAGAACCCAUAUGCAUGCGCUGUGAUGUAG